AUGCCUUUCAUCUCAACUCCAUCAACAUCCCCACCAUCAGGAUCCUCGGGUUCAGGUUCUUCUUCCCCUCCCAAUUCCGCCUUACCCUCAUCAGCACCCCCUCCUCCCGCAUACAACCUCCCGCAAGACCCACCGAUUUACGAUACCGUCCUCUCCCGGACGCUGAGUCGACCGUAUUAUACGGCGGGUACGCCUAUCAACAAUAAUGCGUCUACAUCGAACUUGGGCUCGAAUACCGCAGGGAAUAACGAUGAGAAGAUAAAGUCGGGGGAGAAACCGGGGAUGAUGAAACGCCGGAGCUCGAUCUUAUCCACCUUCAGCUCCAACUCCAACUCGAGAAGAACACCCGCUGCCAUCCCCGAACAACAAGAAGACCCCGUAGUCGACCCAUCCACCCUCCUCCCCCCAACAUUCCGCAUCGGGACGGACUAUGUCACACCCGUAGUUUCGAUCAAGGGGAUGAAAGAACAUUUGAAGUUAUUAGCAGCGCUGAGUAAGAGGAGGGAGGAGGUGGAAGGGAGCGCUUUGGGGUUGGUGGAAAAGAGACGGGCUGCAGGUAUCGGGUUCGGAGCGGGUGGAAGUGGAAAUGCAGGUGCAAGUAGAUUGAAGGAAGCGAAAGCCCGGUUCAACAAGGAUGCACCUGGAAAACCUCACCAACCACAAUCACAAGCCAAAGACCAAGACGACGAGACCCCACACUCAGACUCAGAAGAAGAAGAGGAUGAAGACGACCUCGACCCCCCCUUGACCCCCGACGUCGCUUACCAAGCCUACCUCUCCCUCUCCGAACAACGUUUCUACGCCUGGCUCCGAUCCCCUUCGGUAAGGAAAUUACGGGGUCGGCAUUUCGCUUGGAAAAAGGAGGACUUGCCUAGGGACUUGGGAGUUGUGGGGGUUUGGCAUGGGUAUUGUUUGAACCCGAGGACGUAUUGGGAUGAUACGAGGGAGAGAGAGGCCGAGUUGGGGGUGUUGAACCGGGCGAAUACGUUUCCUUUACGACUCAUUUCCGAAUGCAUCAACCCGGAGACGCUGGAAUACUGCCCGGUCCCGGGACAAGACCCCAUCCCUGCCCCGACCGCCGAAGACUUGCUUCAAGCAACGGUCGACGUGGCUUGUCCCUGGUGUUCCACUGCAACGCCCGCUAGGCUGCUCACCGACCCUAUCGUACAGGACGGAUUCUGUCAAAAGUAUUUCGCGAUAAACUGCACGGGAUGCAAAGAGGAACUCGACCACGAGGUUCUCAAAGUCGGCAAGUUCCUGAAAGACAUCCGGAACGUCGUCACCGGGAAAUUGCAAUACCUCCCUGGGAUGCACUUGAGGCCGAGUACCGGGACCGAGGAUGACGAGCGGCCGAAACUCUUCUCGCAGCUCAUUGCCAAGGUGUUUAUCAAAGAGUUUGAUAGGGAGAUGAAACUCUACCCUGUGCGCAAGGAAGGCCCCUGGACCGCAGGAAGAUCACCUGUGAGACCGGAGAGGGACGCCGUGAUCACCUCGUUCGGGGCUUUCAACAAGAACGUUCAGCCAUACCAUACCUGGGAGCUCGAACACGAAGACCGGAAUUUCCCAGGAAUGUUUCCCCCGAUCAAGCGGAUUAUGGAGGACCAAGUCGUCGGACCGAACGACUUGUACACUCCACGUGAGAUGAAAUUCUACCACGACAAGUUGAAUCAAGCGCUCGAUGACGGCCGGUUCAAGACCUGGGUCGCCGGGUUCAGAUUGAUCGGGGAUGAAUUGCCGAGGAGGAUGGGCAAGAUGUGGAGCGCUUAUCAGAAUGCGGGGAUGGCGAGUCUGAAUCUGGCCGAAGCUUGUGAGAGGCAGGCGGGGUUUAUUGCUAAGAUGAAGGGUAUGGGGUGGUUGGAGAUGGGGAGGUUUGAGGGAGAAGGCAAGGCGUUCUUGUUGCAAAGGAGCGCGGCUAGGUAUCACGCCUUUUUGGACCUGAUGGCCACCGUCCCUGCCGGCUUCCUCUGCCCGACCUUGGAUAUCGACCUCGGAUGGCACACCCACCAACUGAACACGCUGGACUACCACGAGCAGACGAUCAAGCACAUCGGCCGUUUUGUCGACCAUGACGACAAGGUAUCCGAGAACCGAUUGAGUGACGCCUACGCUUACACCGCCAAACAAUGGCUCAAGCGUUUCGGCGUACCGUAUUCGGCUUGCGGUUGUCAUCAGGGCGACGGCUUGAUGAACGUGCUCAACCCGGCAUUUGCGAUUCCUGGGAAGCUAAAAUUCUGGAACAAGAACAAGGAGACGCCGGAGGACAGGAGAAAGCGGGUAGUCUUACAGAUGGACGGAGAGAUGGCCGAGGAGGAAAGAGAAAGCACGCAUCCUUCAACGCACAAUCUCAUUCGCGUCAAUGGCUUGUUUACCGAAGAUGAAGCGAGGAUCUUGCGCCACACCAAGGACGCUGAGCGAGACCGUGCCGUUCCGAACAAUACGAUCAAAGAUCCGGAAAAGGCUCGACUUGACGCCUUGUUCAGGAAGAAGCCCGCCCAUCAGAACCCCUUCUUGUACACUGCGGGGUACGACUCGGUCUUGCAACCAUACUCGGUUCUCGAGAAAGACAGGCAGCGAGCUCAAGCGGGGGACGUGGCCGGAAUGGGUCGUGCUGGAUAUUGGGGAGUCGGUCUAGGUGCGGGCGUGGUCAUCGGCGGAGGUGUCGUUUGGGGCAUGUCGUCGCCGGAUUGCCAUAACGAGGAUGCCGAUAAUCUCAGAGGCAACGCGGGUGCAUGUGCCGUCGGCGUUGGUGCCACCGCUGGAGGUUACUGUGGGACGGCAAGCGGAAGUUGUGCCGCAGCUGCAUGCGCAGGAGCCGGGGGUGGAGCUGGAUGCAGUGCAGGUGCAGGUGCAUGCGGAGGGGGUGGCGGGGGAGGAGGCGGGGGUGGUUGUGGUGGUGGUGGUGGCGGUGGUUGUGGUGGUGGAGGCGGUGGAUGUUGAUGACGUUCGCUGGAUAUCGAUGUGACCGUUAACAACCCUCAAACUUUAAGCGAUCGACCUUCUGAAGCUAGCACAACCUUGUUGUACGUAUGUCUGCAGAGCCGAUCACUCAUUAUCGUGGCAACUCGAAAUCUGUCAGUAGAAGUUGUAAUACUACUAUAUGUGUACCGAAGAUAUGAGACAUGAUACCCCGCGCGCAGGAA